AUGUCGUGGAAGAUUCGUACCUAUCCUGCAACAAUGAUGUCCACGCCAAACAAUGCCGGUGAAUGGAAGAAACGGUCCGUCGUGUCUUGUUUCCUUCUGAAGCUCGACGGCGGCCAGCCCCGGGUUGCGCUGUUUCAACGCAGCGAGAAGGUGUCAACGUACCGCCACCACCUCGCCCCGAUAUCCGGCACUGUCGACGCAGCCGACGCCUCCCCGCUCGCCGCAGCGUGGCGCGAGCUCGCCGAGGAGACCACUCUCACGCCUGCCUCGUUGUCCCUCCUCCGCCAGGGAAAGGACUAUACCUUCCGCGAUGCCUCCGUCCGUCGGGAGUGGACCGUCUACCCGUUCCUCUUCCGUCUCCAGACGCCCGCGGACGAGCAGCGCAUCCGCAUCGACUGGGAACACGAGGGGUGGGCUUGGCACGAUCCCGGCGCCGUCAUCAAGGAUGAUGGGUCGGGAGGUCUGAACGGGGUGCCCCGGCUAGCUGAGAGUCUGCGGCGCGUGUGGUUCGAAGCUGACCUCGGGCCGGCGGCGGGCCGAGUGCUUUCGGACGGGCUGGAAGCACUGGCUCACGACCACGAGAGCGGGGCUCGACAACUGGCGGACGCAGCACUGCAGACGCUGAGAGGAGUCAUUUCUGGGAUGAAUGAACAGGAUCGUGCGCAGGAUGACUGGUGGGUGGCGGUGCGGUUUGUGGCCUGGCAUCUAUGGAAGAACGGCAGGGAGAGCAUGGGCGCAGCCAUCAUGAGCGCCCUGGUGGCUGCCCUGGCGGGAAUCGAGCGGGUGCUUGAAAGAGAUCAACAUGCGGACCAGCGGCGGGAUGCCGCUCUUCGCGAACUAGACGCCCAGGUUGCGACAAGGCGGGAAUCGGCGGAGUUGAUCUCGCGGGCUUUUGCGGCUUACCUUGAGAAGACCUUUGGGUCGAAACGCGACCCGCACGAGCCUAUUUCCAUCCUGACACUCUCGGAGAGUUCGACGAUUCGGCAGGCCCUGCGGUACGCGGCUCUCGAGUCCGGAUUUCCCCUCCACUUCCACAUCCUCGAGUCCCGCCCGCUGUACGAGGGCGUGUCAUUGGCUGGGCACCUGGCCGAGGACUUGUCCGCCGCGCCCUCCGGAACAGCCCGAACACACCAAAUGACACUCUACACGGACGCCUCCGCCGCCCUGGCGUCUUCUGACGUCGACUUAGUUGUGCUGGGAGCCGACCGCAUUGCCGCAUCUGGGGCCGUUAGCAAUAAAACGGGCUCGCUACCAACCGUGCUGAGCGCAAAAUACGUCUCUCCGACAGCCCAUGUUGUUGUGCUAGCCGAGUCCAGCAAAGUCGCCCCCCCUGGACGGCCCGAAGAUCACGUCGUCGAAGACAACGACCCGUCCCAAGUCCGCCAAGCUUGGCAAGCAGAGCACAACAAAGCACGAGUCCGCGAGGCGGUCAAAGAUGUUGAGUCGCCUGACCACAACCGCGCCAUUAAGAUAGAAAUCCGCAAUGUCUUCUUUGAGUGGGUGUCGGAACGGCUAAUUGACACGUACGUCACUGAAUCUGGCGAGUGGACGGUGCAGCAGAUUGCAGACCACUCGGCGAAGCUCGAGAUCGAGGAGAAGCGCUUCUUUGGGGCCUUGUAG